AUGCAAGCCCACGCCAACAUCUAUGCCAACAUCAACACCAUUAGCUCAGUCAAACAUAUCUCGGAGCCAACCCUCCUUAUCCCACGCUCGCCCCAAGCAUUCUUCGUCCAUGUUAGCCACACCGAUGUUCUGAUCGUUCAACAAGAGCACCGUGCAACAGAAUAUUGUCAACACCUCUCGACAUCACCCUGCCGUGAUGCCCAAAAUACCUCGUCAAAUCCCUCCUACAUAAAUUCUACCGCAGAAUAUCGGCCGGCUACGCCAAGCUAUAUCGACUCCAGUCAAAUCUACAAUCUGUACUACUACCAGGAAUACCAGAAAAUGAAAGCAGCACAGGCGGAAGCGGAAGCUGAAAGGCUGAAACAAAAACAGAAGAAAGUCAAGAAACAGAAAUUGAGAGUCAAAGGGAGGAAGAGAGACAGGUGCAGAUCAUACCAGGUUUUUGGCCGUUCAUCGAUUUUCCACGAUCCGAGGUGUGGCUGUAACAAGUUCCGGCUAUUGUUGGCACAAAUAUUAGAUAGCAGUGGGAAAGGUCGAAGAGUUGACACACAUCACCAAAAAAAUGAGAAGAAGAAAGAAAGAAAAGAAAAGAAGAAAGAGAGAGAAAGAAAGACAAAAUGGAGAUCUCACUCACCAUAUACCCGUGGGCGUGGUGGUGUGGCUCGGCCCACAGCAGGCAGGGCCAUCCAACCCACCACCUAUACACUGCAACCGCCAGCCGCAGCAUAG